GAGAGAGGAGAGAGAGAGUGAGGGGAGAGAGAAAAAGAGAGGAGGCGAGUAAGCGUACUAGAGCUCGUGAAAGAAAGAGAAGCAAAGAUAGAGGUGGAACGAAAGAAAAAAGUAGCUAUGUUAUACUACAUGUUUUCCUUUGAAUGAAAUCAUCGUUUCAUAUAUAAUGUCAAUUUCUGGAACUUUGAGCAACUAUUACGUAGACUCUAUCAUAAGUCACGAGAGCGAUGAACUCUCGACCUCGGGACGGUUCUCCAAUGUUCAGUAUUCCAGCUCGAGCUCAGUUGGAGGCGGGAGGCAACCGGGCGGUGGGACGCACGCAGAGCAUCCCCAUCACGACUCCUACCCGUCCUGUAGUUUCCAACCCAAACCUCCCGUGUUCUCUUCUUCGUGGAGUCCUUUCAGUCCGCAUCACGCCUCAAACGGCUUACCGGCGGUUUACCAUCCAUACAUACCGAGUCAACAUGUGUCCUCCGACACUAGGUACCUCCGCUCCUGGUUGGAUUGCACCCCGCGCAACGCCGAGUCGGUGCCGGGUCUGGGGCAACCCGGACAGGUCAAACUCGAGCCGCUGCUCGGCCAUCUCGGCGGGGAGAUGCCCCCGAAAAUCAGUGGACAGCAUCCGCACGAGGCGGCCACGUACAUUUUGGAGCCGUCCCCGGUAACUCGCGAGAUGAGCCACCUUCCUGCCGCCAUCCCCGGCACCGGAUUCGAGGAAAAUAAAGACAUUUGUGAAGGUAGCGAGGACAAAGACGGUCCAGAUCAAAACGAUCCCUCCGCCAACUGGCUGCACGCACGCUCCUCCAGGAAGAAGCGGUGUCCCUACACGAAGUACCAGACCCUGGAGCUGGAGAAAGAGUUCCUCUUCAACAUGUACCUCACCAGAGACCGCAGGAACGAGGUGGCGCGGGCUCUGAACCUCACGGAGCGGCAGGUGAAGAUCUGGUUCCAGAACAGGAGAAUGAAGAUGAAGAAACAGAGCAAGGACCAUCCGAAAGACUAGCGCUUUCAUACACACGUAUAAACACGUAGGGCUACAUACAUACAUGCAUUCAUAGAGGCAUACAUAUAUGCAUACAUACAUGCAUAAAUACAUGCAUGCACACAUACAUGCAUACAUAAAUGCAUACAUACAUUCAUUCAUACAUACGUGCAUACAAAGAUCUAUACAUACAUACAUACAUACAUACACACAUACAAACUUACAUGCCAACAAGCACGUACAUUUAUACAUGCAUACAUGUAUAAGUUCAUACAUACAUACAGGCACGUAUAUACAAGCGCAAACAUGUAUACAUUUGUAUAUACAUGUUGGCAUGAAUACACACAAAGACACAAACACCCAUACACACAAACAAAUAAACGAAGAUAUGUACUUAUGCGCACGCUUAUACACACGCACGUUUAUUUGCAAUAGUUAUCUGAUGAUAAAAUGUGGUUAUAGGUUUUAUUAUAUUUGCAGAGAUGGCCAGGUAAUGUCCACUAUUCUGGGCCAUACGCUAAAAACUAAAGUUAUUGAACUAGGCUAUAGGCCUAUACUCGUAUUCUGCUAUGCCAUAUGAAUCUCAUUUUCUCUCAAAUUAUUUUAAACAGACGGAAAUCGAAAUGAAACAAAGAUAGACCGAAGAUACGUCCUUGACUCCCUCACCCUUGAUUUGACCUCAUAAUGUCCUCUUCAACAUCAUCAUGUGUCUGUGUAUAUGAGCAGGGUAACCCAGAGCGCUUCGAAUUUCAUGUCUUUCUUUUUUUUUGUAUAUCUGUUUUUGUUAUUCUACAGACUACCGCUUUUGGAAACAACACAUGAGAUGGGGCGAAGUGGGACGG